CUUGCAUCAUCUGGGAGGCUGAUCAAGCUGAUCUGACAGCUCACAUAUGACUCUACUGUUCACGAGGACAAGAAGGUAUCUGCCUUGUGACAUUCCUCGUCCAUGUCUUGAACGCUCACUAUAAUCUGGACGUGUCUUAUACCGUGAAGGUUCUCUCGAAACAGCCACCUUGUAUUGAAAUCAACUAUCCACAGCCCUCAUAACUUUCUGCCUUCCAACCGCCCAAGAUUACUGCCCCGCAUUGCUCACCCCGCGGUCGUGAUUACCAAACACCGACGAGCUCGCUUCAACAUCUGCGACUUUACAUUGGGGUUCACCUCUGGAAUCGAAACAGCCGCGUGAUAUAUAUAUAUAAAUCUCACAAUAUCGAAUCAGCGACUUGCAGGCAUCGACGCCAUCGCAACUGUAUUGGAACGCUGCCACCGUUGCACCGACUCCACAAACAUGGCCGAGUCCUCAGGGAAGCCGGCUGCGAAAGAUGGCGUUGCCCUCAAGUUUGCGACUUUCUCCUCUGAGAUUGAGUUGCCUUUCUACUCUGCGCUUUUCUCAUCCAAGCUCGAACAUGACAAGCUCAGCGACUCUGCGCGGCCCGUUCUGGGACUCUACGAGCCGCGACCAGGCGUGGCACCAGACGACUCCGUCAAGAUGCAGGUUCUGGGUAGCGCUCUGACUAGUCACCAUGUCCCAGCGGGCGCAGUACGGGCUGAAGGAAUAAUUCGAAAUCUUAAUACUCUAGACGCGUUCAAGAGUGUAGACAAGAGCGAGGUCAUACAAAAUGCUGCAAGACAGAUUUGGGAUGCUAUCAAGGAUGGCACGAUAUAUUCGGUACCUUCGUUACUUGCCUCAUACGUCAUUCUCUCGUACGCGGAUUUGAAGAAAUAUCGGAUGACAUACUGGUUCUGUUUUCCAACUUUACCAUCAGAUCCUCUGUGGAAAAGAGUUGGUGAUAUCGGUCGCUUCUCGGCAGACGAGAGUACGGCUUUAGUUGAACGCAUCGGCACUUGGCGUUAUAGCGUCGACAACAGGGAAUACGGCUUCUUCCUGGCAAAGAAGGUUCGAGGUCAUGAUGCCGAAGCAUUGCGCUCCUCUCUUGACAUGCCUGAUGAGGCGAACCUGGGCUACAAGUGGGAGGUCGGGUCACUCCGCGACUUUGAAACGGGAUUUUUCAACGGCAUUCCCCAAGAAGAUACAUACGUGGCUUUCGUCGACUCGUCCAACUACGAAGAACAUCCCGCCUGGCCACUACGGAACUUAUUAGUCCUGAUCCGGCAACGCUUCCACCUCACCAAAGUUCAAAUACUCUGCUACCGUGAUAUACAAUCACGUAGACACGAAGCACGCAGUUUGGUUCUUCCACUUGCCAUGGAUGCAGUGCAGACAAUGGAAACUGCUGAUAUGCCAAAACCCACUGGCUGGGAACGUAACCCAGCUGGUAAAGUAGCCCCAAGAUCAGUCAGUUUGGCAGAGUCGAUGGAUCCGACAAGGAUUGCGGACCAAUCUGUUGACUUGAAUCUUAAACUGAUGAAGUGGCGCAUUUCACCUGAGCUUAAUUUGGACAUCAUAAAGAACACCAAAUGCUUGCUUUUGGGUGCCGGUACCCUUGGGAGUUAUGUAUCGAGAAACCUCAUGGGAUGGGGGGUGCGAAAGAUCACCUUCGUGGAUUACGGAGCGGUCUCAUUCUCGAACCCCGUACGUCAGCCUCUUUUCAACUACAAAGACUGUCUAAAUGGAGGUGCGCCGAAGGCUACCAGAGCGGCAGAAUCAGUCAAGGAAAUCUACCCUGGUGUCGAGAGCGAGGGCCACGUGUUGUCGGUACCCAUGCUGGGACAUCCUGUCACUGAUAAGACGAAGCAAGAUUUCGAAAAGUUGAAAGCACUCAUCGAUUCACACGACGCCAUAUUCUUACUCAUGGACAGCCGAGAAUCAAGAUGGUUGCCCACGGUCAUGGGCAAAGCCGCCGGCAAAAUUGUCAUGAAUGCAGCGCUUGGGUUUGACACAUAUGUGGUCAUGAGGCAUGGCCCCGAAGCUAGGAAUGAAGGCGAAAAGACUCUUGGUUGCUAUUUCUGCAAUGAUGUAGUCGCACCUGGCGAUUCACAGAAGGACUUGACGCUCGAUCAACAGUGCACUGUCACCAGACCUGGAGUCGCGGCGAUCGCAUCUGCGCUCCUUGUCGAACUCUUGACCAGUAUACUACAGCACCCUGAAGGUGCACAUGCUCCGGCACCAGUUCCUGCAGACGGGGGUGGGAGAUCCUUUCAGCGCGACCCACCAAACCAUGCUCUCGGCCUUGUACCUCAUCAAAUUCGCGGCUUUUUGGCCGACUUCAACAAUAUGGUCAUCAAGGGCGAGUCUUACCCUUCCUGUAGCGCUUGCAGCAAGCCGAUACUCGAUGCGUACAGGAAUGAUGGGUGGGACUUCCUGAAACGUGCACUCGAAGACAAAGAGUAUGUCAGCGAACUCAGCGGCCUUGCUGAGGUUCAAAGACAGGCAUCAGCAAUCGAGAAUGAUCUUGAUUGGGAUGAGGAGGAAGAUGGUAGUAAGGACGGUGAGGAUGAAGCAGUACUUCUUUAGCAAAUGCCUCUUCUCAUCACUGACCUAGGGUCAACUGCACACAUGAAAGUUCAUGAUUCUUUGGAAAUUAAUCGCGCCCAUUUGGAUGAAAGCUUUUCGUGAGCUGGAGUUUGGGGAUUGGAAGUGAAAAUGUGGAUGGAUUUAUUUUAUCACUGCAUCGGAUGGCGACGGGAAUAGGCGUUGGGCGUGUUGAACGGGAUCAGACUGUAUUGUUACGUCGAACGAGGUCUUAACCAUGAACCGUAAUAUUCGAAAGUCUUAAAUUUUCAAGCAUAAAAUUCU